CAAGAUGUCCGGCAGGAUCUGCGCUAGCUUCCAUGUUGUAGCUUCCGAAACCGCUAGUUGCAGGGUAUCCACAGGUGAUGUAUCCUUGUUAUUAAAACAUUUAUCGUUUCGUGCCUUCCAUAAGUACCAGAUCAACCAUGGAAAGAAGGCCGUGCUCUCAGCUCUGCUAGGAUCUGUUUGCAAAUUCAGUAGCAUAUCAAAGUUAACAAAGAUUGAGGAACUCGGGAAGACCCCCGGAGACGUCGGGACUGUCGAUAAUGCCCAACUUUGAAUCGCUGGCGGGCAUUCAAAGAUGAUAUGGUUAAUCGUUUCAUUCUCCGCACCACAGCGUUGACAGACCGAGUCGUUACCGCAAUGUCUUUCUUUUAGCUUGCUCGCUGAGGCGACAUAUCCAGACAGAGCUUGCCACAGAAAAUGCUUGAUUUUCCGCGGCGCCUUAAGUCUCCAAACCUUCUUCUUUAAACCAUUGCAACUCGGUCCCAGGCUUAUGUCCCCACGCAGCUUUUUCCGUUGUUCAACUGCAAUGGUGUACCCAGACCUCACUGUGUAUACCCCCGACUUUGUAUGCUUCCAGCUGUAGCCGUCCUUGCGUCCCGUUUUGCUGAUCCUAAGUGUGAGAAUACGAGAUACAUCAUCGGCAGCAAUAAAUUCAUUUAUAACGCCAACAUUCCAUUCAGCCUUGUCGACAUCAAUAAGGUGGUGGACUUUAAGAUCAGUAUCCAUGAUCACUGUCUUUGGUUUCGCCGCGCGAGCAGGUUCCGUAGGGAUCCAUGCGUCUUCCCAAACUUUCGUGUCUGCCCCUGUUCCUAUCGUCCUCUUGAUUCCACCGAUGAGAAUCGGUCUAGCUGCCAUCAAGCUGUUCCACCCAAAAGAUGGGGAAUUUGCUUUACCUAUUACAAGUGGAUUCGAGUGUCUGUAGUAUCUACCUUUAAGAACUCUUGCUAGAAGGGACUCGGGAUGUGUAAGCAGACGCCAUACUUGUUUAGCGAGAAGGGCCAGGUUGAAAUCUCGGAAAUCUCGGAAGCCCAAGCCUCCUUCCUCUACUGGUACACAGAUUUUGUCCCAUGCCACCCAAUGCAUCCCCCGAUUGUUAUUGCUUGUACUCCACCAGAAACGCGCCACUGCGGCGGAUAGUUUGUUACAGAUCUCUAAAGGUAUCAAGUAACACGACAUCACAUAAGUCGGUACUGACUGGGCCACUGAUUUGAUUUGCACCUCUUUACCACCCUUUGAUAAUAGUUUACCUGACCAAGAGUUGAUCUUUCCAUUCAUCCUCUCUUGAACGAAAGAAAAAACUUGUUUCUUUGAUCCACAAAUCUUUUCCGGCAUUCCCAGGUACAUUCCCAUUCCUCCUUCGUUGUUAAUAUUGAGUGAUCUUUUCAGAUCGGUUUUUGUGGACGCUAUGACCUUAGAACCGAACAGAACUGAAGAUUUAGACUUGUUCAGUUGUUGUCCUGAGGCUUUCCCAUAGACGUCAAUGAUGCGAACCAGUUCCCUGCAUUGAGAUUGCUCCGCUUUGCAGAAGAAGAGGCUGUCAUCGGCGAAGAGUAAAUGAGAGAUGGCGGGGCUCCCUCUAGCAAUCUUGAUACCCGUAAUAGUUUGAUCUCUCUCCGCUUGUUUUAUAUGCGAGAUCAGAACUUCCGUGCAUAAAAUAAAUAGGAACGGAGACAGCGGAUCGCCCUGUCGGAGACCCCGGGACGGCACGAUCCUCCCUUUGGCCUCUCCGUUUAUCAAGACUUGGUACGAGACGGAGGUAAUGCAUUUCAUUAUCCUUGCCACCCAUAUAUGAUCGAAGCCAAAUUUUAGAAGUAGGGCUUCCAUAAACCUCCAUUCUACGCGAUCGUAAGCUUUACUCAUAUCAGUUUUGAUCGCCACGAACUUCCCUUUGCAGCUAGGAUUUGUACGAAGCGCGUGAAACAUUUCUUGGGCCACAAGGAUAUUAUCAGUGAUGAGCCUCUCUGCCACAAACGCAGAUUGCGUCUCUGAAAUGAUCUUCGGCAGGAUACUUUUCAGCCUAGAUGAUAAGAUUUUUGAGAUGAUCUUAUAUCCCACAUUGCAGAGACUGAUCGGCCUAAAUUCAGUCAUCGCCUCCGGUCUUUCAGUCUUUGGUAUUAGACAUAUAUUAGUCAUGUUUAGUCUCUCAUCAAGCUCCCCCGUAUCAAAGAAACCCCUGACCAUAUUGCAGACAUCCUUCCCAACCGAGCUCCAAAAGCGUUGGUAAAAGAGGCUAGUCAUGCCGUCUGGACCAGGCGCCUUCUCCGGGUUAAUCGCAAAAGUAGCAUUUUUAAUCUCCUCAUCUUGAGGGAUACGAAGUAGAUUCUGAUUCAUGUCCUCUGAGACUGUCGCGGUAAUAAACCGGAGGGAUUCUUCAAUGGUGUCUGGGUUUGUCGUAGUGAACAACGUCUGGAAAUAGUCAACAGCGACUGCCUCUAUAUCGUCCUCUUUGUAAACCCAUUGAUUCAUCGAGUUUCUCAGGCGAGUAAUUCUGUUGCGUGCUCGUCUUUGUUUGGUCUUCGCAUGAAAAUAUCUUGUGUUCCUAUCUCCUUCUCGCAGCCAUAUAACUCGACUUUUCUGCUUCCAAUAAAGCUCCUCUUCCCUAUAUGCUUCACAGAGUUUCCACUUCAAUUCCAGUUCUUCUUCGCUUGAGAUCAUCUCGUCGUUUUGCACUUGAUCUAGUUUUUGCUUUAAGCUUUCAAUAAGCUUUGCGCUGUUGGUGGGAUUCCGUUUCUUCCACCUUGAGAUGGACCUGCGAGUCCUACAGAUUUUGUCAUAAAGCUCCAGGUCGGGUUCCAUCUUUAGUGCCUCCCAUUCUCCCUUAACAGUGUCGAUGAAACCUUCUUUACCAAACCAGUUACGGUCGAAACGAAAGUUUCUUUUUCCGCGAGCCCCUCUGUUUUGAAACCUCGCUAAGAUGGGCCGGUGGUCAGAUCCCCAGCGCAACAAAUACUCCACAUAAGUGUGGGAAAAUACAUUAUGCCAAUCUUCAUUUCCGACGGCUCUGUCCAGCCUACAUUGCACCCGUCCUGCUCUGGUUCUUCCUGCCCAUGAAAAAAUGUUCCCUUUAGAUGGAAACUCAAUCAUCCCGCACCCUGCAAGCAUGUUUUUAAACGGCAGGAAAGAGCUUUCUGGUCGUUUUCGCCCCCCUCUUUUCUCCAAAUUGCUUGUGAUCUCAUUGAAAUCCCCCAUCAAGAGCCAUGCUCCUGUCCUGUUUGCACUCAUCCGCAGCAACCUUUCCCAUACAUACUCACGGUAUUCCACCACCGGAUCUCCAUACAAGAACGUGAUAAACACUUCCUGUCCGUCUAUCUGCGCUUUUAUAUCAAUCAUACGAUCAUUAUAGAAAAUAAUAUCCACCGCAGAGUCCUCCAUGUAAAACAAAGCCAAUCCACCGCCCCUACCAACAGGGUCCACGGUGAACAAUUUAUCAUAACCAAAUUCAAACUUAAAGUCUUGCAUAAAAGAAAAAUUGUUUUUUGUUUCUGAAAGAAAAAGAAAGCUAGGUUUAAAACAGCGAUGCAACUCCCGGAGGUGUUGCUUGGUCAGGUAGGCUCCGGCCCCCUGACAGUUCCAGGCGAUUGCACUCAUAUCUGAGUACUGGGUGGUUUCUGGGACCCCACCGAACCUGAUGCAGCAGUAGAUUUUCGGCCUUUGGUAACCGAAGGAUACACCUCAACACGAGGGACCACCUUUGAGCCUGGGUCUUUCGUCAUGAAGAGACGCCCCUGUUUGGCCAGCUUGCCUUUUGGUGAUGCUCGACCUCUAUUCGCAAGCUUCCUGGAUGCAGCUAAACCUUUUGUGUCUGGGCUUCGCGUACCCCUGCGCUUAUUUAAGUUUGCCGGGGGGAGAGGGUUCUUUUGCAUCCUCCUGCCCUGUUCCGACAUCCUUCUUGGAGGUAGGUUGUUCCUACUUUGUUCUCUUUUCUCUUUUCCCUCUCCUCCUAAGACUCUUCCAUCUUCGUGUUGUUUCUCCAAGUUUUUAGUACCUGCGGUUUGAUAUUCUGGAGCCAUCGUCUCUUCCACCAUCGUCUCUUCCACCCUAGUUUCAUCAAGCAGGUCAUCAUUGUCUAACAUUUCCUCAUCCAUUUCAAGUUGUACGCUGGCAUAUUGUUCCUCAAAUUCUUUCAACUCCUCCUCCGUCAUCUCCUGCUCAUUAUCUGUUGGCUUGUCCAGUUCUUCUAGAUUUGGCCUGUUAAGGGAUGGAGCACCCGUCUCAAUAGGACUUCGCAAUGAUAUCACUCUUUCUGGAGAGGUCACAAAUUCCUUUUCUUUCUCCGUAAUCACCUGAUUACCAGGGAACUCAGUUUGAACUGUAUCAAAAAUCUUCAAGAUUCCACUUGCCGCACGGACUGUAUCCAGAUUUGUUUCUUUAUCUCCUGCGUUCGCUUCAAUAGCCUUCCCCUUAAGCAUGCGUCUUCUUUCAUCUUCGGUUUCCCUUGCUAUCUCUCUCACAUUCCUUUGGUUAGGGGAGAGAGCCAUUUGUUCAUCUCUCCUUUUCCCUGGCUCUCGAGUCGGUCGCCAUUCCAUUCGCGGCUGCUGUCUAGGCGAGUGGUAUCGUCUUCCUGCGCCAUCCCCUCUGUCAUAUCUAUGACUUUCAGAGAUAGUCCUCUGGGAAUCUGGUGAGUUCCUAGUUGAUUUUGAUGAGAGAUCCAUUCUUCUGUGCUCAUAAUGCUGGUCUUUAUUCGUUUGGUCCAGGUUGCGACCCCUGGUGUCAGGACUGGAACCUUUAAUUCUCCAGCUCGAGGAUGAGACCGAGUCACCGUGGUGGCCCCUCACAGAACGAUUUCCAGAAUCUCUGCUGCUGUGCUUCGACUCCUCAUAUUUAUCCCUGUUGUAAGGAUGAUAUCUCUCCCGAUCACGGGGAUUUCUUCCUCCAUAGCUAUGAUCAAUUCUAUUCCAAACAUUCUUUGCAAUGUCUUCUCUUUUGCUUAGAAUCUUUGAUCUUAAAUCACCAUGCUCUGUCCUCUGUGCUUGUCCUGGUCUGGCUCGCUCCUCUCUUCUUUGUGGGUGUUCCUGACGUCUCUUAUCUGAUUCCAUCUCACGGGAAAAUCUAGGAUGGUUGUCGGUGUUCCACGCGUGGUUCUCGAAACCCCUGUGCAGAUCGCGGCCUCUAAAUGGUGCAGAGAAAGCUUCUCUGGCCGCCAGCUCCUCUUUCUCCUUACUUUCCAAACGAACUAAACGGUUAGCUUCUCUUUGUUCUGGGGACAGCUCAGGGCAUGUACCUUCUUCAUGCGAUAUUCUUUUGCAGGUAAAGCAAUAUCGGUGUAGCUCUUCAUAAGACAAAGAUACUUUGAUGAUAUCACCAUUCGCAUAUCCAGCCUUCCUCUCAAAUUGCAAAGGUUCAUCAGCAUUAACAACAACUCGAACCCUUCCAUUUUCGACAUCUACCGUAUCCACCUCUCCCAAAGCCCGGCCAAUGCUCCUAUAUGAUUCAUCUUUUUUGUAAUGUGUCGGUACUCCGGUGAUAUUCACCCACAAGAGUAAGGAGUUUGGAUAGUCCUCCUUUAUCGUUGGUAUCCACCUUUCUAAGGAGAAGGUCCACUUAUUAAAAUGACAUGGUCUACGGAGAAGUACUUUUUGGAGAUCCUCCUCCUUAUCGAAAUCAAAUUGGAAUUUGUUAUUCCCAAGGUUUGUUCCUCGUACCCUGCCUUCCACGUCCCAGAUACUUCGUUUCGGCAUAUGUUUGAUUAAAGCAUCAACACUUCUACCAUCCCGAUGGAACAUCCUUCCAACAAGGGAUAGUUUAUACUUCUCGACAAGAUCAGUGUAAUCGAAUUCUGGAACUUUUAUGAUCUCUUCCUUGUCUUGGCUACGUCUGCGGUCAUGUCGAGUACUCCCGACUCUGGUUCGAUCCUUCCUUUCCCGAUACAUCGUAACAGCGGGGACCGGUAAGGAUGAGACAGCGCCCUAUUAGAGGGGAAUAGAACUAUUAACGUAAUGUCGUUUACUUGAUGCUCACGAAACCGGGAACCAAGGUAUUACGCUACGAAAACAGAAGAUAAAACACUGCAAGGGGCAGGAAAAUUUAGGAACGAGAGGAGUGUGGUGUAGUCUCCCUCUCUCCUAGACCGCCGGUAAGAAACUAGGUCCUCCGCCUGAGACGGGGUUCAGAUCUCGAAAUCGCCUUGUCGUCGCCAAAACCCUAGCUUAUUAUUUGGGGUUAAUUGCAAAGAAGAUUAAAUACAGUGAUUCGUUGAGUCUUUGCCCUUUACGGUUAACCGUUAAUCCCAAUUCAGGAGAAGUAAAGCUUCCGACUUUACUUCAGGAGGGUCGACGAAAGUUCGUUGCUUUACAAAUCUAUCGGCAGUUUCAGAGCGCACCGAUGGAUUCUGCGUUUGUGGAUAGAGCUUGGGACAAAUGGGUCAAGGGUAACCUCGGCUCUUCAGGAAGUCCAUUGAAGGCUGCUGUCUUAAUUAACUACGACCCUACAGGACCUUCUCGUCUCUUAUCAACAAUAGCUGAGCAAGAAGGGAUUGAUCUCUAUCCAGUUGAGCUGAAGCAGUUCAUCGAUUUCAUGAGACGUGGCAGUCUUCCGACCGAGACCUUUGUUCUUGGAUCCAACCAGUACAUAAUAACAUCAGUUCACGAGAAUUGGUUUGCUGCUCGGUGCUUGAACACAACACAGCCUGCUGGUGAAGGAGCUAUUGUUAUGCAGACCGCUGUUUAUGUAUUAGUUGCUCUGUAUGAUGGAUCUAUUGGUUCAGCUUCUCGAGCUAUGGCUGCAGCUGAUCAUUUUGCAUCGCAGCUGGGUCGGAAAAACUUAUAGCUUCAUCUUCUGUAUUGAAAGUAUCAAACUUUGAGUAUGUUUUGAGAAGUAUUAUGAAGUAAGAUGAAUGUUUUUUCAUU